UGCAGCAGAGAGGAUGAACACGGGCACACACGGGACCAUGCUGCAGCGACGGGGAUCAGUUUGAGGAAUGACCAUGGUUCUCAGUAGAAAUGAUGGAUGCAGGAGACUCCAGUGAUCCGUACAGUCGACCAGCGCGCAGGACACAAUGGAUCGUCAGCACCCUGGCUUACCAUUACGGACUGGACCGGGGAGUGGAGAACGAAAUCAUAGUUUUGGCUACCGGCUUGGAUCAGUAUCUACAGGAAAUUUUUCAUCAUAUGGACUAUCAAGGUGGAGGCAAAAUCCCCGCCGAGGAUUUUAACAUCCUGUGUGAAGUUUUGGGACUAAACAAAGACUCGGAGGACACCGAGUGCACCGGGGUUUUGGACGAUUUACCCAGCGAGCUCAGCUUCAGACACUUCCAUGCUAAACUGUGCGGAUACUUCAGCAACAAGGCGGGCUGUCAGUAUGAGAACGGCCGGAUGCUGGUCGGGAAGGACAGCGAGCACAUCGAGACUCAGAUCCGCCUGAGGAGCCCUCUGAGGCGACGGGAGAAGCUGCUGUGUGUGGGGCUGAGUGGAGCGGAGGGUCGGCACGCCUCCGGCUGCAGGCUGGGAGCCUGCACCAAGGAGUGUUACGAGGAGAUCGUGGCGCUUGAGGAGGCAGAGGACCGAAUAGCCAAACUAGAAGAUGAGAACUCAAGUUUGAGGGAGCUGAUUGAAGACAUGCGAGCUGCUCUUCAGAGCAGUGAUGCCCGCUGUCUGGCUCUGCAGGUAGGACUGUGGAAAAGCCACUCCAAACAUAAACCAGAGGAGAGCUGUUUUGCUGCCCACCAGAAACACGCGGCCCAGAAGAGUAUGAGCAACAGCAACAUGAAGAGCAGCACCUACAGCGAGCUGAAAAGCCUGCAGAACAUUAUCAAUGAGGUGGAACUGCUGCAGAGCUCCAGGGACCGACAGGUAGAGGAAACCCUGCUGUGUAACGAGAGACUAGAGCAGGAGCUGUGGCGCUCUAAAGAGACUGUGGCUGUUCUGGAGGACUGCAACAGAGCUCUGAAGAGGGAGCAAGUGGGCAUGAGGAGGAAGGUGGAGGAGGCCAGGCAGGCACUGCUCAGCGGCCUGGGGAAGGUGAAGGAACUGGAAGCAAAAGCCAGUCAUGUGCCAGUGCUGCAGAGGCACAUCCUCCAGCUGGAAUCAGAGCUCCUGUACUACAGGUCAGAGGUGUCAAAACUACAACUCCCGAGCAGCAACAGGGCAGAGCAGCAGCAGAGUGUUGGCAGCAAGACAGGCCAGAGGUGCUGCCUGGAUUCCCAACAUGACCGAUGUUCUCCGACGGGGCGUGCUGUGACAACCCCAGAUAAGAUGGAGGAGCAGCUGUUUCGUUCAGUGGAGGGCCAGGCAGCGUCCGACGAGGAGGACGAUAAGUGGACUGAAGAUCAGCAGAGGCAGGUGGACGAGGUGAAGAGGAUCUUGACAAGGCUGUCCUGCUGUGGGGAAAGGUGCGACGACAAGGCAUUCAAGAAGCUGAUGUCAAAGUACGGUAGCUGGAGAAGCGAGGAGAGCUGCAGCGCUGUGGUGGAGCUCCUGGAGAGGGUGACCAGGUUGCAUAAGCAGCUGGAGCUGAAGGAGAGCCAGGCGGAGAUAGACAUGGAGCAGAUGAAGGACUCUCUGGUGCAGGAGCUGCAGCAGAAGGCUGAGGAGACUGAGCUGCUUCAGAUGGAGCUGCAGAUGCUGGAGACAGAGAGGGUUCGCCUGUCGCUGGUGGAGGAGAAACUUGUGGACAUCCUGCAGCUCCUGCAGCAGCUCAGAGACCUGAAUGUCUCUCGGAGGUCUCUUGGAAAAAUCUUGCUCAGCACUUUGGGGUCUUGCAGCGACCCACAGCAUGGGAAAGCACACAUCCUAGAGGUGCUCAACGCUCUCUAUCAUGAACUGGCUGCCUGUGAGAUUCUGUCUAAUAGUGGACCUUUGGAGCGCACACAGAGUCAGCAGUCUCUCAAUGCCCUCAUCAUCUCCUGCUAAUCAACACUGCCUCCUGCUGGGCCAGGGAUGCUCCAACAGCUUUUUUAAAGACCACUGAAAGCUUCACAGUUUGGAAAAAAACAAGCAGAUUGUUGUGUAUAGUGUAUUAUAAUGUAGCUUCUAUACUCCUCAGACACUAUUACCUAUAUAGGUAUGUUAGCUGUUAAUUAGUAUAGCUUUAUCACAUAUUAAGAAAUUCAUGCAAAUACAUAUUUUUUCACAAUCUUUUAUUGCACAUGAUUUUUUUCUCAUCAUAGACUGUAUAUAAAGAUGGAUGACGUGUCCCCACUUAACCCCACUAUGAGGCUAAAAUAUCCAAGAUAUGGCCACUGCCAUCUUGCACUGGUGGUGUCAUUUGAAGCUGGAGUCUGCACAGUGGCGAUAUCCGCAGUGGGGGAGUUACUGCCAAAACACCCUUCCAACCAGUCGUGAGCAGCUCAAUUGAAUGCAGAAAAUACUUAUAAUAAUCACCUGAACCAACAUCAGGGUGAUGAAAACUACCUUUAGUGACAGAAGCCAUCUUUGGUGAAAAUUAAUUUGGUGUAUACUUUAUUUUUCAGUUUGGAUUAUGUCCCAUUCACUAAUGUGGAGGGGCGGGCUUUAAGACCUACACUGCAGU